AUGGCAGAUGGUACCAACGGAAAGUGGAGGAGACCCAGAAGCUGAUCUCUAUUUAAAAAGCCCCUUCGGCCGGCAUCAUGAUACCAUCCAGUUUCAUCAACUGUUAUGUCCAGACCCCUUCUGUGAGGUAUGUAAAAGCACAACUGCAGAGAUCAAUCAACUGCUGUUCCUAUAGUCCUGGAAGAUUCUACUCCCUUGGCUUCCACAGCUCCUGUGGCUUCAUUAUUCACUCUCUUCUGACUUCUCAGCAGUCCCUACAGGAGAGCUAAAACCAGCUUUGCUGCCUGACCCUUCCUCACCACCAGCCUCCCAUCUUCUCACCUAACCCAGUGAUCCCCAUGGCUGAUUUUUUUCCACCCUCACCACUGGGUGAUCCUUUGCCACCAGAUCCCUUUCCUCCCUUGAAUUCCAAAUUGCCAAUGGACCAUUUCCCAGCCCAACCCCCUGCCUUUUCACCUCCUGUCCCACCACAUCAUGCCCAUUCAGUGGACCUUAGUGUCCAAACAGAGACAGUGUCUCUAAAUACCAUCUUCUCUCUGGACCCUACCCUUUCCCAAGACGUCAGUCCCUUACCGGAGUUGUCCCAAAAGGUGAAUCCCACUGAGACCUUUGCUCGUCAUCACUAAUGACCAACACGGUCUGCUUCACCACCGCCAGACUGCAAUUUAACUGUGACUCCAUCUAAACCGAUUUCCAUCUCAAGGAAGCCUGUUCCAGAGAGCUCACCCCCACAGAGCUCUGGUGGGUUGUCUACUUAUGUCCUAACAAUCACAGGCAUGGACCCCUCCAGCUUGUCAGUUUUAGACCUCCCUUGGUGACAAACUCAUGCCAAAGACUUCUUCCCUUCAACGCUGGUUCCAUGUGAUUUCCAUCAAGAGUUUCUGGCCCUCCAUUCUUCCGAGGCUUCUUCCAGGGGAGACCCUGCAGCCAACCUUGUAGAGCCUGUUACCCUCUCACUUCUCAGCCCCGAUGCCCUGGCACUUGGAGAGAAACAAGUCCAAAAGAGGUGUGACUUCCUCAGGUGGAAGGAAACAAAGGGUUCCUUUCCAAAGCAAACAAGUGCUGAUAAGCAUGAUUUGGCAUCCUCUCUUCCUUUCUGGAGCAGCAAGGACCAAUCAAAGGAGCUACAUAUGCAUCAGCAGCACCCAUAUCCGACAACCUUGGAGGAGGGCCAUUUACAGCAAACCCCCAUCCAGUUCUUCUGGGGUGUCCAAACUCCACAUAGUGAGUCCUCCUUCUGCUCCUGAUGCCUCAGAUAACAUUUCGAAUGCCUCCCCAGAGCAGGAAUGCCCAGUAGUUUCCCAUCCACUUCCUCCAUCCUUGCCUGAGAACCCACCUCAACUCCUGCCUCAAACCCAGCCCCUACCCAUCCCAUAUGUCCAGCCCCAAGCCCACCUUCAAUCCCUACUCCUCAUCCUGCCAUCUGGUCCUCUACCCGACAUCAAGAUCUCUGGAGUAUAUUUUCACAGACCUCAGAAUGAAUCUGAGAGUCUCAUGUCAACUGAAAUGCAACAUCUGGAAUGGAACGUGUUGCACAAGGUGCAGGAACGUGUGUGGGGUUUACCCACUAUUGUCCAAAGAUCCCAAGAGGAUUAUUGUCCUUCAGCUCCUAAUCAUUCUCCCAAACCCUGGGUCUCCCAAGCCCAUGCUGCUAUCUUUAUCCCGCAUGCACAGUUUCCUCUCAGUGACGAGAUUCAGAACAAACGAGAGUCAUCUUCAAUAGAGGCUCAUCCAACACCGGUGGGGCCUGCCCUUCAGGAUCUAUGACUCUCUCGCACUGAUGAGCGGUCCAAGUACUCUUCCACAGCUACCUAAGUCUCAGUAGUAUCGUGGACGUGCAGGGAACUCUAAUAAGAGUGAGAUCAAAUUGAUUAUCACUAAAAGUGUGUACAUGGAGGACCCAGAAAUGCUUCAGCUAGAGUACAGUGACCUGGCAAAGUGCAAAGAUGACCUGGAGAAGGAUAAAAAUGAUUCAUAGAAAGACAAAAAUCUGAAGAAGGAAAAUGAUGACCUGAAGAAGGAUCAAGGAUACAACCCGGAGAAUGGCCCAAAAGAUUAUCUAUUGAGUGACCCAGUUAGCUCUUCAGAUAAUGAAACGGGGUUGGAUUCUGAGAAGGAACUUAGGGGCCCAUCAGUGAACAACUGCAUGGUGUCUGUGGAGACUAUGGGUCAGAGACAACUGAAAAUGCCCCGAAGAUACAUUUACGCAGAAAGUCUAAGGAAAUCAAUGAGGGUCAGUUGCCUGGGACUGUGCAUAAUUCAUGGCAUACUAUGAAGCAGACAUCACUUCUUUCUGAGAAAUCCCAGACUUAAAUAAAAAAGAGUUUGCCACCAUCAGAGGUUGAGGACUACUCCCUGAAUACCUUCUAAGAGUUUCCCUUUGUUGAACCUAGUGCAGAACAGAAGCUAAAAACUAUAUUAAAAGAUUUCAUAAGAGGGUGACUUGGGGCCUUCCCCCUAGGGUCCUUGAAUCCAUUAUCUCUUUAAAUUGAGAGUCCACAUCCCAUUCUAGCCUUUCCUCCUCAACCAAUGUGAUUUCUGCGGCAAACUGUGAACCUGGGAGCUUCAACUCCCUUGAUGGAAGCUUGAAAUCUCUCUAUGGAGACAAAGCAGGAACAGCAAAUUCAGCCCCCAUUCCGGAUUGUCCUCUCCCUGCCACCUUAACUCUGGGCAAGGAAUAACAGAGAAUUCUGAGGAAAUCAUCCUCUAAUACGAACCAUCAGUUUACAGAGGAUGCUCCAAAAACUAAGAAUGGCUGCCAGACUCUUAAAUCUGUCACACAUGACACCAUAGGCAACAGACAGCCCCCAAGGCUGCCUUCAAGGCAAGGUGCAUUCAGAUGUGAGCCAAAGGAUAGGAGUUCAAAUUCCGGUGGUAGAAGAGGAGAGCAACAAAGCAUAGAGAUGAAGAAUCCAGAACCUACUGUUGUGCUCACAGAGUCCAGGGAGAUAUUCAGGACGAAGGAAUUUCAUACACAUCACAACCUAGGAUCUUCACAGUCACCAAGACAGUUAGCUCCCAAAUUAUACAGGGAAAUGAGCAUCAAGUCAAAAUCACCAUCCCACCAAACAUACCAAUUCCGCAAGAUCCUAAAUCAUUGAAUCUCAAAAAACAAGUCUCGUAUGAGUUAAGGCUUACGCUGGAGGGCAGGGAGCAUGACCAGGCACAAGCCCAAUACACAGGCCUGGCCCCUGCCUCAGAUCAUUUGACUUAAAAGCUUCACUGACUCAUGCCCACGGUGUCUCAUGCGGGGACACGAGAGCUUCCCAGGUGCUGUGUGUCCAUCCAGAGGACAUAGGAAUUACUAUGCAGAACAUCAGGAGCCCUGGGUCCCUAAGAAUGUCUUAAGGAACAACAGCAGGAGCCCUGGGUCCCUAAGCAUGUCUUAAGGAAGUGCCAGAAUAAGAACACCCCCACCGGCUGCCAUGACCAUGAGGCCUCCGGGUUCCAAGGCACAAGAGCAUGGUGGAGGGGAUGCAGGACUGGGAACAUCCCAACCGAGAACAGACAGUUUCCCUACUGAAGAUGUGGUAUUGAAGAAGAGGUUCCCUACUCAGGGUGCGGUAUUGAGGGUAAAUCUGGGAAGAGAGCCUUCCCAGACCCUAUCACAGAAGGGUCAGCUGCUUCCUGAAAGCCUUUCAUGGAAGGGUCAGCCUCCUCCUGAAAGCCUUUUCAGUAAAAAAAUGAAGUAUUUUUUGCAAUGGCUUACUCCUGGGAUAAAAUGCAAAAGGCAGGAAAACUCCAAGGAGAAGCCCAGUCGCCUAUCAUCUGUGGAAAGCAGAGGCCUGCUUAAAGGUAGAGUUGCCUUUAUUGGGAUGCCCGAAGCUCAGAAAAUCAUGACAGCUGUUGGGAAGUUCCAAGAGGAGAGAAUGGGGCGUAGGCAUGCAAUAGGUAGCACGUGCCCUGAGCAGCCCAUUCCCUCCCCAACAAAGUUUGGGAAAACUCAGCAGAAAGCACAAGUGCAGGCCCAGGCACAGCCUGUCCCAGGGUUUCCUUUCCCACCUGUAAGGAGACAAAUACCAGGUCCUGCCAGCAAGAAGCUGUUUUUCCUGGCCAAGGCCUUACUGGAAGUAACAGACAGCUCGGAAACAAGAGCAGACAGCCCCAGAAAGUUGUGGCAUUUAAG